AUGGGGAGUAAAGCAUCUUCGCAGCCUCGAUUCAGGCUCUCGUCCGAGACAAUUAUCAAACAAAUCGCUCUCGUGCUGAAUGCAGCAAACCAGGACCGUAUCGCCAUCCACUUCGAGGACUUGUCCUUGGAAUCACAGGAUCAACAAGUCCAGGUUCUGAAUCUCUUCUCGCGUACCUCCGAGCCCGAUGCACAGGAGCGACACGAAUCCGACCCCUCUUCCUCGAUCUCUCUAAGCGAGAUAAUACCAGAACCAGAGAACGAACAAGUUCGGGUGCGGAUUGAAGACAGCAAGGCUAGCGGAUUCAUCUACGCUGUGGGGUCCUUCGGAAAAGAUUUCAUUACUUUGACAUGGAUUAUGUUACUGAAGGACAAUACGUUUUGCCAGAAACACAACGUGACCUCGGACACGAGGGCAUGCGUACUGUACAAUGAGAAGUCUAGGGAAGAGGGACUUCAAGAAAUAUGGUUGAGAGACAAUCCCUCGAUCCAUGAGCUUUUAAUUCAUGUGAAUGGUUUUGCACCAAUGAACGAGUAUCUGAUUGCCCCUGACGGAACAUCACUCUCAUCUCAAGAAGAGUUUCUCAAAGUCGCAGCUGAGAUUACCCACGAUAAGUACGAGGAUCAAACGGAGUACCGAUGCGAGUACAGCAAUGCGAAUUACAUAUUCCUCGGUAUCAUUCUCGAACUUAUAACAGGGAAGCCUUUGUGGCUGCUGGUCAAGGAAGUUGUUAUCGACAAACUGGGGCUAGAAGAGACAACCUUUCACGAGAACACCCUAAGGGGGCUAGCAGGCGAAAGGGUACUCGUCGAGGGUGCCCGAAUCUCUUCUGAUGGCACGAGAUCUGCUGUGGACCACUUCAACCACCUUGACAAUAUUGCCCAAUACGCUUCGAUGGGGCUUCGAAGCUCACUAAGAGACCUUGCCAAAUUUAACCGAGAGAUCCUCCUUGCACUCGACGGACAGAGUCAGUUGGGUCUCGAUGAAGCCGAUCUUGAAAUGUUCUUCAAGGGGCGGCCGAUGGCCCCUUACGGAUAUUUCACCGAGCUGGGUCGAGAUAUGUAUAGUGAGUCUCCAAAUCGACAUCUCUAUCCCGAUGGAUAUCCACACUAUCACCUGGGAAAGCCCAAAACCAAAGAUAAAGCGAUGCGUGUGGCCUUCAGAAAAGCUGGGUACAUUGAUGGCUUUGGCUGCAAUGUGACUUUGAUGCCCAAGCGAAGGAUCUCCCUCAUUGUUCUUGGGAACUCGACAGGGCCCAUCGACACGACUCUUCAUAUCUCCAACUUUAUCCUGCAAGAGGCACUACAUCUGUCAAAUCCCGUUAACAUUGUUCAGAAAGCCAUCGAAGAGGGCCACGUAUGCCGCCAAACCCUUCGGCAGAUUGAAAGCCCUGAAGGACUGAGCCAGAUUUCACCACAGCCAGCGGUAGACCUGACAGGAACAUAUAAGCACCAACGUUAUGAGCAACAAAUUACAGUUCAUGGGGAUGGGAUGGUUACAUUUCACACCGGCGCAAAAUAUUCGUCGAAAAUGAACCUCGUACACAUUGGUGACAGCAUGGUCAUGGUCCUCCCAGGUGCAAAGGGUUUGGGCUUUGACACAUGGUCUGCAUGGAGAGAGAUGAGGUUUCAAGUUUUAGGAUUCCAGAAUCGCCCAGCUCUCAUUCAACCUGGUGCGAGAUACGCAUACAUAAAAGCCUGA